AUGUCGUCCAAAGGAAAGCAGCCCGCUGGCAAGAGUGCCAUUGAUCAAGUGGUGGCAAGAGAGUAUACCGUACACAUGCACAAGCGCAUGCACGGCGUUAGCUUCAAGAAGCGUGCUCCCCGUGCCAUCAAGGAGCUCAAGGACUUCGCCACCAAGGCCAUGCAAACCACCGACGUCCGCAUCGACCCUCAACUGAACAAGAAGGUCUGGGAGCAGGGAGUUAAGGGUGUCCCGUACAGAAUGCGCAUCCGCAUCAGCCGCAGACGUAACGAUGCCGAGGACGCCAAGGAGAAGCUCUACAGCUACGUCCAGGCCGUAAAUGUGAAGAACCCCAAGGGCCUGGUGACGGUCGUCGUGGAGGAUUAA